UGCUGCUUUCUAGUCAUGGCAAUAGAUCUGACGAAAAAGGACGGACAAGGAUGAAAAAAGGAGACGCACUGGUUGAAAAAGGAUGCAACUGAUAGGUUGAUGCUUUAAAACGCAGGAGUUGGAAGGAUCAAAGAUGAGCGUCGGAUAAAAACAUGUACAAAGAUGCGUGUCCCGGUUAGUGCGUGUCGGGAAUUUGUUCAGUGAAUAUAGGGACACCAAGAGAUGACGACGAAUUGCAAAAAUAUGGCUCAAUUGAGACAAAGUGAUUUUAGUAUAGAGCACAUUUUGACCAAAGCUGGAGAAAAGUACGAAAAACGUCGGAAGUUGGAUACAUUUUCCUGUUCCUCGAACACGUCGCACAGCCACAGUGAUAGUGAUGAGCAAAUAGUGUCGGAUGACGAGGAGGAAAUUAUUGUGGACAGUUUGCAGAGGACCGAAAGCAAUCAUGCAACGAACUAUCUGCAGAAUUGUAUGCCAAGUUUCGAUUGGCUGUACUACACGCGCUAUCGACCACCAAAGUUGCCACGUCCCCAAAAGUCCGGCCCAGUGAAGCGAACACCCGGUCGUCUACCCCGAGUUCCGUUCACCCCUACCCAGCUGAGUGCCUUAGAAGAUGCGUACAAGGUGUCCACCUACCUGAGCUCGGAAGAAGCCAACCAGCUGGCCUACAGCUUGGAUCUAACGAACACGCGAGUGAAAAUCUGGUUUCAAAAUCGUCGUGCACGUGAUCGACGUGAGAAGCGUGAAGCGACACUUGGUACCACCGACGCGACGUCACCAAUUAGCGGCGGCGCACUAGCUACCAGCACCGCUGCGCUGGCGCCGGUAGGUCAUUUUGCGUACUUUAGACCGACAACCGCCGUGGAAACGACAGUGAGACUGUCACAGGAGCUCCUGUCGGGAUCACCAACCGGAUCCAGUGGAAGCGAUCGGAGGAGCCCAACGUGAAAUGUAA